AUGUAUUGUGAAAAGGAGUAAGUUGGAGAGUUGUAUCGGGUUUUGACCUUAUCCAAAGAGGUUGAUGAAAUAAUCCUCCCUAUCCUCAUAAACAUAUUGAAAAAGGAGAGAAUAUAAGACUGCCUAGAAUUUCUCUUAUAAGAUCAAAAUAAAUUCCUUUUAGAAAUGGAAAGAUAAAAGGUAGAAAACUAAUCUCUGUUUGAUAAAGAACAGACUCUUAAUGGAGAGAAGAGUGUUAAGAGAAUAACAGAUGUCCUCAAAAAAGUUAGGGAUCAUGACUUUAAUACACAAAAUUACUCUAUGGAUGAUUAUGAAGAAAUAAAAAAUGAUCUAAUCACUAAAAUAGCAUUGGAUAAAAAGAUUAUAGAAUUCCUAAAAUUUUUAGUUCAUCUGACUGCUUUCGAUGAUAGAUAUACUUAAUGUGGAUCGAAUUCUCUUCAUUUGCUAGUUUAGAUGAAGGCUGAUUUGAGGGAAUAAAGUUUAGAGAAUAUCAGGAUCAGAAAUACCUCUUUAAUUGGUGGAAAUUUUGUACGAUGCAAUUUCAAUGGAUCAGAAUUUGACAAUGUAGAUAUUAGUGGAAUGAACUUGAAUUAAGCUUAGUUGUUUAAUUGUAAAUGGAAAAAUAUCAAAACUAAUGAGUUAAACAACUUAGAAGGUCAUGGUGGAAGUGUCAAAUCGGUAUGCUUUUCUCCUGAUGGUAAAUCAUUAGUAUCUUGUUGUGAUGAUAUUAUAUUGUGGGAUAUUAAAACUGGGAAAGAAAAGUAUAGAAUUAAAAUUUAGGGAUAGGUCAAUUCAGUAUGUAACUCACCAAAUAAUACUAUACUAGCUUUCACUAGCAGAAAAUUUGUGUAUUUAUUGAAUCUAAAAACAGGAAAAUAAAAAACGAAAUUAGAUGGUCAUUCAAGUAUAGUUAAUUCAAUUUGUUACUCUCCUGAUGGCACUGCAUUGGCCUCUGGUAGUUCAGAUAAGUCUAUCCGUUUAUGGGAUGUUAAGACAGGAUAAUAAAAAGCCAAAUUAGAUAGUCAUUCCAAAUCAGUUUUAUCAAUUUGUUACUCUCCUGAUGGUACCACAUUAGCAUCUGGUAGUGAUGAUAAGUCUAUCCGUUUAUGGGAUGUUAAGACACGAUAAUAAAAAGCCAAAUUAGAGGGUCAUUUAAGUGAAAUUAAUUCAAUUUGUUACUCUCCUGAUGGUACUAUAUUAGCAACUGGUGGUGGGAAUAAAUAUGGUUUUGGAGAUUGUUUUAUCCGUAUAUGGGAUGUUGAGACAGGAUAAUAAAAAGCCAAAUUAGAUGGUCAUUCUGAAACAGUUUAUUCAAUUUGUUAUUCUCCUGAUGGUGCUACAUUAGCAUCUGGUAGUUUGGAUAACUCAAUCUGUUUAUGGGAUGUUAAGACAGGAUAAUGUAAAGUCAAAUUAGAUGGUCAUUCUGAAACAGUUUAUUCAAUUUGUUACUCUCCUGAUGGUUCUAUAUUAGCAUCAGGUAGUAGAGAUGAGUCUAUACGUUUAUGGGAUGUUAAGACAGAAUAUUAUAAAGCCAAAUUAGAUGGUCAUUCAAGUGCAGUUAUGUCAAUUUGUUAUUCUCCUAAUGGUACUACAUUAGCAUCUGGUAGUUAGGAUAACUCUAUCCGUUUAUGGGAUGUUGAGACAGGAUAAUAAAAAGCCAAAUUAGAUGGUCAUUCCGGAACAGUUUUAUCAAUUUGUUACUCUCCUGAUGGUACUACAUUAGCAUCUGGUAGUAGAGAUGAGUCCAUCCGUUUAUGGGAUGUUAAGACAGGAUAAUAAAAAGCCAAAUUAGAUGGUCAUUCUAAAACAGUUUUAUCAAUUUGUUACUCUCAUGAUGGUACUACAUUAGCAUCAGGUAGUAGAGAUGAGUCUAUCCGUUUAUGGGAUGUUAAGAUAGGUUAAUAAAAAGCCAAAUUAGAUGGUCAUUCAAGUGCAGUUAUGUCAAUUUGUUAUUCUCCUGAUGGUACUACAUUAGCAUCUGGUAGUUAGGAUAACUCUAUCCGUUUAUGGGAUGUUGAGACAGGAUAAUAAAAAGCCAAAUUAAAUGGUCAUUCCGGAACAGUUUUAUCAAUUUGUUACUCUCCUGAUGGUUCUAUAUUAGCAUCAGGUAGUAGAGAUGAGUCUAUCCGUUUAUGGGAUGUUAGGACAGGAUAUUAAAAAGCCAAAUUAGAUGGUCAUUCAAAUAUUGUUAAUUCAAUUUGUUACUCUCCUGAUGGUACUACAUUAGCAUCUGGUAGUGAUGAUAAGUCUAUCCUUUUAUGGGAUGUUAAGACAGGAUAAUAAAAAGCCAAAUUAGAUGGUCAUUCCAAAUCAGUUUUAUCAAUUUGUUACUCUCCUAAUGGUACCACAUUAGCAUCUGGUAGCGAUGAUAAGUCUAUCCGUUUAUGGGAUUUUAAGACAAGAUAAUUAAUCGAAUAGUCAGAUCAUCUUUUUAAAGAUAUUUUAACUUAAUUUAAGCCUUCAAAAAUUUAAUUUAAUAUUCUUCCAGAAAGUGGUAUUUAUUUAUUACUAUUCUUAGCUACCUCUUGUAUUCCCAUUAUAAAAAUUUCUUAGAAGCUCAAUUUAGAUGCUUAAGGAACUUUAAUUUUGAAAGGCGAGUUUGUUCAUUAUUAUGGUGUAGAUCUAAAAUCAUUAUUCAAAUCAAAAGGAAGCUGCAUUUUAGAAAGCUUUAUAGAAUAGAAAUUGAAUUGA